GCCUGAACGUCGUGCACCACAAGAUCAAUGGCAUCCAUCGUAGACACGCUGGUACGGGGGAGCAUCGACUUCCACGGCCAACGCCUCGCGGACACACUCACCCAAUCAAUCCUAAUCAUCUCCGCCAUCGUCGGCUUCAUCGUCGGACUGGCCCUCCAAGACAUCAGGUACACCGUCUUCUCUACACUCGUCGGAGCCGGAAUCACGGUUCUCAUCGUCGUGCCGCCAUGGCCCUUCUAUAACGCGCACCCGGUGAAGUUCCAGGCGUCACAGAAGAAGGCAGCGGCAUUGACAGUUGAGGAGAAGAAGGAGGAGCAGAAGGGCGCCAAGAUUGUUUACAAAUCAUGAGAACGACACUUCUGACAGUAUGAAUGCAGAGGAGGUCCGCG